GCAGCCAUCGGUAGGAAAUGUCGGAGUUGGUGAGAGGAGUCAGCGCUUGAAGAGGUGGAUCAAACUGGACUUUUGUUUGAGUGGUGAGGACUCUGUGGUGUGGGUGAGGAAGUCAAUAGUAAAAACAAUGGCUGACCUUAGUAUAUUAACAUCUACUACUGAGAGGACUAGCUUGGCAGAAUCUUCCAUUUUGGAUUCUAAAGUUACUGAAAGUUCCAAGGAAUACUUAUUUGUUAGAUCUACUUCAUGUGUUGAAGAAGAAAUGCCUCAAAUUGAAACAAGAGUGGUAAUGGUUCAAGAAGCUGGAAAACAAGAAGAACUUAUAAAAGCCUUAAAGACUAUUAAAAUAAUGGAAGUCCCAGUUAUAAAGAUAAAAGAAAGUUGUCCUGGAAAGUCGGAUGAAAAAUUAAUAAAAAGUGUUAUUAAUAUGGAAAUUAAAGUACCCUGUAUAAAGAUGGACUCAGUGGAAGAAUUUGAAGGUUUGGAUUCCCCAGAAUUUGAGAAUGUAUUCGUAGUCAUGGACUUCCAGAAUUCUGUCUUUAAUGACUUAUACAAGGCUGAUUGUAGAAUUAUUGGACCACCAGUUGUAUUAAACUGUGCACAAAAAGGAGAGCCUUUGCCAUUUUCAUGUCGCCCACUGUAUUGCACAAGCAUGAUGAAUCUUGUGUUAUGCUUUACUGGAUUCAGGAAGAAAGAGGAACUAGUCAGAUUAGUGACAUUGGUUCAUCAUAUGGGUGGAGUUAUUCGAAAAGACUUUAAUUCAAAAGUUACACAUUUGGUGGCAAAUUGUACAGAAGGAGAAAAAUUCAGGGUUGCUGUUAGUCUGGGUACUCCAAUUAUGAAGCCAGAUUGGAUUUAUAAAGCAUGGGAAAGGCGGAAUGAACAAGAUUUCUGUGCAGCAGUUGAUGACUUUAGAAAUGAAUUUAAAGUUCCUCCAUUUCAAGAUUGCAUUUUAAGUUUCCUGGGAUUCUCAGAUGAAGAGAAAACCAGUAUGGAAGAAAUGACUGAAAUGCAAGGAGGUAGCUGUUUACCUGUUGGAGACGAAAGAUGCACUCACCUAAUAGUUGAAGAGAAUACAGUAAAAGAACUUCCAUUUGAACCUUCAAAGAAACUCUAUGUUGUCAAGCAAGAGUGGUUCUGGGGAAGCAUUCAAAUGGAUGCUCGUGCUGGAGAAACUAUGUAUUUGUAUGAAAAGGCCAAUACUCCUGAACUCAAGAAAUCAGUUUCACUGCUUUCUCUAAGUACCCCAAAUAGCAAUCGCAAAAGACGUCGUUUAAAAGAGACUCUUGCUCAGCUUUCAAGAGAGACAGACUUGUCACCUUUUCCACCACGAAAGCGUCCAUCAGCUGAACAUUCCCUUUCUAUAGGGUCACUCCUAGAUAUUUCCAACACACCAGAGUCUAGCAUUAACUAUGGAGAAACACCGAAGUCUUGUAAGUCUUCUAAAAAUUCCACUCCCAUUCCUUCAAAGCAGUCAGCCAGGUGGCAAGUUGCAAAAGAGCUCUAUCAAACUGAAAGUAAUUAUGUAAAUAUUUUGGCAACAAUUAUUCAAUUAUUUCAGGUACCCUUGGAAGAGGAAGGACAGCGUGGUGGGCCUAUUCUUGCACCAGAAGAGAUUAAGACUAUUUUUGGUAGCAUCCCAGAUAUCUUUGAUGUACACACGAAGAUAAAGGAUGAUCUUGAAAACCUUAUUAUUAAUUGGGAUGAGAGUAAAAGCAUUGGUGACAUCUUUCUUAAAUAUUCAAAAGAUUUGGUAAAAACCUACCCUCCCUUUGUAAACUUCUUCGAAAUGAGCAAGGAUACAAUUAUUAAAUGUGAAAAACAGAAACCCAGAUUUCAUGCAUUUCUCAAGAUAAAUCAAGCUAAACCAGAAUGUGGACGGCAAAGCCUUGUCGAACUUCUCAUUCGACCAGUACAGAGGUUACCCAGUGUUGCGUUACUUUUAAAUGAUCUUAAGAAGCAUACAGCUGAUGAAAAUCCUGACAAAAGUACUUUGGAAAAAGCUAUUGGAUCACUAAAAGAAGUAAUGACGCAUAUCAAUGAGGAUAAGAGAAAAACAGAAGCACAAAAGCAAAUUUUUGAUGUUGUUUAUGAAGUAGAUGGAUGCCCAGCUAAUCUUUUAUCUUCUCACCGAAGCUUAGUGCAACGAGUUGAAACAAUUUCUCUAGGUGAGCAACCCUGUGACAGAGGAGAACAAGUGACUCUCUUCCUCUUCAAUGACUGCCUCGAGAUAGCAAGAAAACGACACAAAGUUAUUGGCACUUUUAGGAGUCCUCAUGGCCAUGCCCGACCUCCAGCUUCUCUUAAGCAUAUUCACCUAAUGCCUCUUUCUCAGAUUAAGAAGGUGCUGGACAUACGAGAGACAGAAGAUUGCCAUAAUGCUUUUGCCUUGCUUGUAAGGCCACCAACAGAGCAGGCAAAUGUGCUGCUCAGUUUCCAGAUGACAUCAGAUGAACUUCCAAAAGAAAACUGGUUAAAGAUGCUGUGUCGACAUGUAGCCAACACCAUUUGUAAAGCAGAUGCUGAGAAUCUUAUUUACACUGCUGAUCCAGAGUCCUUUGAAGUGAAUACUAAAGAUAUGGAUAGUACAUUGAGUAGAGCAUCUAGAGCAAUAAAAAAGACUUCAAAAAAGGUUACAAGAGCAUUUUCUUUCUCCAAAACUCCAAAAAGAGCUCUACGAAUGGCUCUUAUGCCAUCACAUAGCUCAGUGGAGGGAAGAAGUCCUCCCAGCAGUGAUAAACAUGGAGUGAGUCGACUGCCUAGCACAUCAUCAUUAGCAAUAAACCAUUCUGUUUCCACAAGCAAUAUAAUUGGAUUUACUAAGCAUGUUUAUGUUCAGCGCUCAAACUCUACUGGUGGGCGCUCUCAAUUCUCCUGGUUUCGAUCUAUACAUCAUUCUGCCUCCCGAGCUAGUUUUUCAAAGAUACUAGAAGGAAAUAUUGAUUUUUCAAAAUUCAAAAAAGUCCUAUCCAAGUCAUCUUUGACAUUUGUGAAGAAUUAG